AUGGGCUUGUCCAAUGUACUCCUCAUCAAGAGUCCUGCGGGAGCUCCUGAUGAACGCUUUUGCUGGACCGAAUUCACAGUAAGCAAACCUACUGGCAGAUGUAGCUGCAUCUUUCGUUUUGUUUUCGUCUCUUGAAUGACCUGCGCGGUUUUCUCUUCUAUAGGACGGUAAAGCACGCGAUGAAAAUAGGGAACUGUAUGAGUGUCUUAACUUCGUCCUUUGUGAUGUCAAGGAGCUCAGCAGGAACGCCGCACUGCUGAAUGAGUUUACGUCUAUUAAUUGGAAGUCAUGGGAAUCUGUUUCUGCGUUCUGUGAUCUUUACAACUCCUGCAUUUCGGAUCUAUGGUCAAAGGUAAGAUUCAAGUUGUAAUUUGGUAUUUUCAGUGGAACGAAAAAGGGGUCCGCCCCGAAUUUUGUAACCGACGUGCCAAUACCAAUCAACUCAAGAGUAUCUUAGCCCAGUGCUAUAACAGAGCUGUUGAGGACCCAGAAAAGCUGAACCAAUAUCCUCCAUUUUCCCCCCAAGUUUAUGGCGAAACCUCCUUUGAACUCGUCUCCCAGAUGGUUAACACAAUUUCUAUCACGAAUGAGGAUUCAUUUAUCGACCUCGGUAGUGGCGUAGGCCAGGUCGUGCUCCAAGUUGCCGCAUCCAGCAAUGCGAAAUUUUCAUAUGGUAUCGAGAAGGCGGACUAUCCUUCACGUUGCGCGGAGAAAAUGGACAAGGAGUUUCGCCGGUGGAUGGCCUUUUACGGGAAAACGUACCAACCAUAUGCGGUAAGUGGACGUCCUUUGUGUUUCGAUGCCAUUUUCCUUUUUUUCCACCUGAAUUUAUGUCCAUAAUUCUCCUCUUCCUCAGCACCCACCUGUUUCCACGUAGUUGAGUGACUAGAAAUACAGAGCAUCCUUUGGGUUUUUAGGAUGCUUUUUUGCUUCUAAUGUUGCCUUUACAAUCUAUGUCAGAGCAGGAUAUUCCCUCGCCAAAGAGUUCUGUAAUUAAUCGAUCGGAACUAUAUUCUAGCACCACAGUCGUAGUCAAAAAUCUACCUGGACAAUCCACUACCCUUAUCUGACUCUUUCUCUGAUGAUCAGUUCGAGUGAGAACCCGAAACGUCAGGCUAACAAAGCAUUUGUUCCAGCGAUCGUGUCUCCGCGACAGAUUCUCGGAACUCGCCUUUUCGCUCCUAUUAGAGAAUUCAUCUGUCCUCGCAUCGAAGAUAGAUUGACUGUUCAUGCAUCUCAGACGUAGACAUAUUUCGCCGUCAACCUAUGCCUUUACCCAUCGAUGAAAAAUUGUAUAUACUCCUGGUUCACUGCAUUUUAUGCUUAGUCUGGGGUACAGCGACAGCAUAGCUCAAAUUUGUUGUAAUGGGCUAGAAAAUGACUAUCAUAGACAAUGUUUCUGCCUCCUGUUCCUUGUUGUGUCUAAGCCUGGAAAAACAUGUUUCGCAGUUUACAAAAAUAGCCUUAUCCUGAUCGUCUGUCUUCGUUUCAGUUAGUGCAGGGUGACUUUCUCUCUCCCGAAUGCACUGAAAGAAUAAUUUCGUCAACAAUCAUUUUCGCGAAUAACUUUGCAUUCGGACCCGAAGUUGAUCAUCAGCUUAAAGAACGCUUUGCAAAUUUAAAGGAAGGCGCAAAAAUCAUUGCCUCAAAAGCGUUUUGCUCGCUUAACUUCCGCAUAAGCGACCGCAAACUUGAUGGUAAGUCCGCCUUCUGAACAAUAACUGCACGCUUGCUUAUAUUCACUAAGCCCAUGUUGGCAUAUCGUAGCCGAUAUAAGUGAAUCCAUUUAUUGCUCAUAGCCUACGUGUCAUUUUAGUAGCCCUUUUAGGCAGCUGAGCUGGUUUCCUACAAUUUAAACCCCUGUUUUACAUCUCAGGACUUGGUUUCUAUGAAACCGCCUCGGUUUAUUUUGACUGAUAAUUUCAUCUUUCAGCUUUCAGUAACUUUUCAAAAAUUAUGUCGAACCUGAGACAAUCGUAUAUUUUUCUUCCAGACAUCGGUUCGAUAAUGCAUGUUACAUGCCUGAACCCUAUCCAAGAUGCAGUCUCAUGGACAGACAAGCCGUUCAGUUACUAUGUUCACACAAUUGAUCAUUCCCUUGUGAGUACCAUUUGGUUGGGUGGUUUUUGCGUGUGCUGGUUUCACAGGGCCCUUUGGGUGAGAAAUAAGUAGAGCGCCACUGUUUUCCCUUCUAAUUGCACCGCACUUGCCCUCACGACAGCAAUCCUUUUUCCUCAAUCUUUAGACGUCAUCGUUUUGCCUUUUGUUGCCCUCUGAACGUCGUCUGCUCAGAUUUCGUAAUGCGUCCCUUUAGAAGAAAGCCGUGUCAUUUUUUCAAUGUGUCCAAUGGUUUUACAUACGACAAAAAAACCUCCGCAUACCACAUACUUGUGGGCCGUUUGGCACAUGUGGUGAUUAAUAUCGGAAUUCUCCAUAACUGCAGUAGGUUUACCCCGACUUCCAGCUUUUCACCUUUAACGUCUAGUGCCUCAUUUGUCCUACUUCAGUCUACUCCCAUGCGAACAUUACUCGACUGUUGUUGUACAUGACUAGGGGUGCACACUUAAGUUUUGAGCCGUAAGGCAUUCGUUUUUGCUUGCGCCUAACUUGCCUCGCGGCGACGGCUUGAAAUUCGUGAACGUCUUAUUAGUGAUUUGCUUUAUCCUUGCAUAAUUCGUCUUCCCCGUUCCCUCGUACGCUUUUUAGUUGGAACAGUACUUCUCAAGGCUUAAAAACCCUAAAUUGAAGGUAAGUGUCAUUAACAAUGGUUGUGUUCAUUCCAAUUUGUCAAUUUUCCCAUUUGUUACUCAGCCAAAACUGUUGUCACUGUUACGUUCUCUACCUUUUCCGCACUACUUUCUGACUGAUUGCUGCAGUGGCCCGUCCCUCUUGCUGCAUUCAGUAUCCAGUUGAAACCCCCCCCCCUGACAGUGAAAACCAUUGACUCAACACUUUAAGGUCGGUUCUGCGGCGUCCGUUCCUUCCAUUGGCUCUCUGCACAUAGGCGGAGCCUACUAGUCGUAGGAGCUACAUUUGUCCAUUUUUUAAUCUGCUUGACCUGACUAGAACAAGAUAUUAAUCAGUGAAACGAAAUUUUGACGGAUCACUAGAUAUCUAGUCCUAGACAGAAUCCGAAUAUUUCACGUCCAGCACGCAGGUCUCCUGAAACAUACUGUUGAUUUGCUUGUUAAAACCAAAGAAUAGCAAAUUCAAUAAAAAGCUGAAUGCCACCUUGCCCUUCACAGGGCUACCCGGUUUGAAGUGUAGUUGCGUUUGUUUUCUUGAAAAUCUGCUGAAGUUGCAUCCUAACAUUAGUAUUUUUUGGUCACCCAGAAUGGCGAUGUCUCUGGUCGGCGUGAACGCAAGAAUAAGCAGAGUCAGGUAUGAACUCGUCAUUUUUCAUCUAUUUUGUCACCGAUAUGUUAGUGGUAGUUCCUCAGUAGUUUCUAAAGGUCAUAAAAUACGCUUUUCCGAUCAUCAGGUUACAUGUUAGAUUGUGCCCCAAAGAAGAAGUCUAAAAAUUAGAACCUUCAUCUAUACUACGCCGAUUGACAUUUCUAUCUCUCCACUUUAGUCAGGAAAUACCUCAUCCGGGAGUGGAAGUAACAGUGGGGGUAAUAAAUCCAGCACAGUACCUCCAGAUGGGACCGGCAGCAUCCGCAGAAAGUGUUUCAUCAAACGCAUGAAACGAAGCCGCAGCCUAAAACGACUGGUUUGUGGACGACCAAACAAUCGCCCUCGGGGUCACAUGUCCAAAGUCGCCUCUACGGCAGCUACUGGUGCUCGCCAGCCGGAUGCCGACAACAGUGGAACCAGUCGUGGCAAACGUGGUCCGAGGAGGAAGCGACGACCUCAGCCACCGUCCUCGACAGCGCCUUCUCUGCUGCUGCCCCCACCUCCACUUGAUCCUUGUAACUCCUCUGCCUCCUCGCACGUCUCAACGCCCGAGUCAUUCUCCUCGGUGGAACCACAUUUCUCUUCAUCAUCCUCCAGUGCGUCACAUUUUGUCGCCUCCGAGGAUGGAAUUAGUUGCAGCAGCAGUUGUUGCGGUGUUGACAGCGGUCGGAGCACGGUGACCCUGAAGCCCUCAGAGGCGCACACCUCCCUGUCCGCGGCACCUUCGCUGCCGCCUGCCAUGGUCUCGUCUGCUGAAGUCGGCUUGACUCCUCGUUCAUCUGCCAUCGGUAAGUAACAAGGAAGGGCCAUAUUACUGCGCAUAGCCUAUCGUUGAAACUUGUUAAACCUUUGCCCACAUGCAUGAGAUCUGGGGAGACACUUUUCUCUUGGAGGGAGGACUUGUUGCCCAGAGGGCGAAAUAUUAGAGCUGUUAUUACUAGCUUCCUUUAUAGCACUAGUGGUUUGCACGUCGUCACUGGUGCCUAAUCAGUAGCGGCCUACGAACACGCUCUAGUGUACCUUCAGCCACCAGGGCCCUGAGAAGCAUCUCUACGUUGAGCUAAUUUUAUCCUAUUAACGGUUAAGAUCGGCCCCAUCUUCAGUCUGUCUCGUGAUUUGGUUGUUAGAUAUGUAGUUUUGGUGUCCUUCGGUGGUUUUGUUGCCUGUAAGCCGUCUACUAGAUAGCGGAAUUUGAAAGAGCCGGUGUCGCUGGCAUUGACGUGGCUCGCAACAAACAAAACCUUAAUUGUCAUUGAGCAAUCAUCUUCAGGUGUAGCACCUCGUUAACGCCUGGGGCUGUUGCGUCGACUCAUUUGUCAUCCUCCCUCAUCUGCUUUUUGUCGCUCUCCCCUCUUGAGGUGUGGGUCUUAGCCGUCUAGACUAUAUUGAAGUUUCAGUUCGUGAUGAUAAGGCCAGGCCGACAAGUCAUCGCUAGCAAUCCAGAUCUUCGCCAGUGCUUCUCUACCUUUUCUCGAUCAUGGCAGAUCUUAUUUGGUGGGUUUUUGCCUCGCCUGCAUAAACGUCUCAUUGACGCCUUUAGGAGUGAUUCGCAUGAAAGUACUCUGUGUUGCGGAGUGAACCUCGACUUCGGCAUUCGAAUGCUUUGAUGGCACCCUCGAAGGAUUCUGUCGAAGACCGACUCCUCUAGUUGGGAUGGACUUCUAAAAGAUCCAUCCGGAACACCAUUGUCUUCUUGUCUAAUUGAUUAUAUUUAUUUUUAGGUGCCAACUUUCAGAAGGCACAGAAAAUACAAUUUAUAAAGUGUCUCUGGUUGUCGCGUUAGGACUAUAUGUUUGUCUGUAUCAGCAGUUCGAAGGUAGGACCUUAGUCCUCUGCCACCUCCCGCCCCUGCUGAAACCAUUUCACGCCAUCCUUUCCUCAAAUAGGUGCUCCAUAUACCCCUAAGGCCGGACUAUUUACUUUGUAACUUCCACGUGAUCCUUGGUCUCCCCUUUCGCAGCACUUGGGCAUCUAGUUGGAUAUCAACUAACCUGUAUUAGUUGAGCCGGCUUUUUGCUCAGGUUCGCCGAGAAGAGCAGUCGGCACACCCGAAGCUCUACGGGUGGCAUGGAUAUGGUCUGAAGGCUAACAACAGUAGGGUUAGCUAUUUUAGCAGAAAGCUAAAUGUCAAACAGCUCGCUCGCUCAGAGCAUAAAUUUAUUGGAAUUUCAGGCAGUCUAUUUGGUAAGCGAAGUCCUCCUUUGAGCGAGGACCAGUCUGCGGCGACUUUUUUGAUGUAGCCUUUAUGAUACUCAACAAAGCCUCAUACGUGGGAGGCUGAAGACCGGGUCUGGCGUGACACGCGUAGGUGGGAAGUUUGCCUCACUGCGCUCACGCCCAUCUCCAGUCGUCUCGACUGUGUCUUCCUGGGGGCGUGGUGGGUGUGGGGGCGAGUGAAGUCUGCUCCACUAGAGACAAAUCCCAGUUCAAGUCAUCACUGUGGCCUAUCCGGUGCCAUACUACAUACAUUAUUCCUAAUUUGCUUUCCAGACGGCAAGAUCGAUGACCCUAAGCCACCAACGACCAAUCCACAUAUCAGCCCACGGGAAAGGCGGCUUCGGAGGCUUCGCAAGUCCACGGCUGAACAGCAUAUUGGUAGUAUGCUGGUGUCAAAGAAGCGUCGCUCGGCGCCCACACCUACCGCCGCUGGCGGCGUUGUAAGCAGAUCGCGCCAAUCCCCCCUCGACACGCUACACCGACAAACUGUCAACAGUGUUCAUGAACGCGUCGACACCUCGCUGGCGUACAAUGACCCACAACAGUGUACCUUCGCAAGGUCCUACCAGCCUCUGGAGUUGUCGGGUUUAACGGCAGCCAAAGAGCACGCUAAUCGAACCUACAGGGACCCGGUAUUAGGACACAACGAAGAUCCCGUCCCCCUUGCUCUGACACAGUACCUUGGUAAGUUGGAUACACAAAUGCUCUUCCUAAAUACUGAUCUGGCGGAUUUCGGGCCAUAUAUUUCUCUCCUUGUCAACCUCCCUAAUCACCUUUUCUGUUAAGUUCCCGACAACGUUGCUAUUUGACAGAGCACCCGGAUUUUGAGGGUGUCGAGCUACCAGCAGGCUGCAGGUUCACUGACCUUAAUUACGCCGAGGAUGUUGCACUUGCGUUUUAUAACAAUAACGGACUAAAGGGAGCUAUGGUCAGUACAAACGCAAUUGCUAGACCUAUUAGUCAAUUUCGAGGUUUCCGAUGAGACUGAUGAGGAUCACCGAGUCUUCUCUGUCUUCGAAAAGGCCUACGGAGCUCCUUACAAACUAUCAACCUCAAUCGACUUCGAACAUGCAGGCAGUAAGAUAAACUUCGCAUCUGCACAGUUGCGAAUGUUGGGUACGACCAACGAGUGAUGGGCAGUGCUUACGAGCAUAUCCCAUACCGCAAAAAAGUUAAUUCGAAUAGUUUUGGCAGGUUUUCCGUCACCCGCGCCGCGAGUCCAGUCCUGUUCUCUUCUAGCCCUGCCUUCUCACUGAAUUCAACGAAGUGGUAAUCUCGAAAAUUUGCUUGACGCGGUCUAUUAGCAUACGGCGGCGGCUCUUGAAGUUACGUUAUUCGGCCUUUGACGCUAGAGAAGAGGGUGAGUCAAGCUCACCAGAUCCACCGCUUCUGUGCGUGGAAGACGCGACGCUGAGCACCUAUGAGGCCGGAUUGCUCAACCCUGCUCACAAUUGUGUCAAGUAACUUGUCCUCAAAGCGUUCUGAGGGUAUGAUGUGCCGAUUUCCUUGAAUGAGGCGGUUCUCUCCACUGCAAUCUGGAAAAAUCCCAGUUUGUACAAAGUAGUUUUGGGCAAUUUGGGUUUUAAUCAGUCAACCUCGUUGUUUCUGGCCUGAACCCUAAGCAUGAUCAAACACCAUCUGACGAACCCCUGACAGCUUCCUACACCCGACACUACUGCUGAGCCCGGUCGAGCCUCCAAUUACUUUUUGAACACAAAUGGACCGAAUCUGAAACCGGUGGUGUUCCUGUGCGAAGCAUCCAUAAUCACAGUUGCCAUCCUCUGGGAAGCCUUGAGUUCCCUAUUUAACAGUUUUUUUCGACAUCCUCACGGAAGCAAUCGUAGUUACAGGAGAAUGAAAUACAACGGUUUGUCAGCACUCACAUCAAACACUAUUAGAGGGGAGUUGAAAUGCCUCGGGACAAUGUUACAAGUACUGUUGUUUGUGUUGUUACCCAUUUGCAACCGUCAAGAUCUCAUCGCUCCGCCUUCCUCUGUCCAACUUUGCGUGGGUUUGAGUCGGCAUUCCACUUUGUCACGUUCAUUUAUCGACUGUUUCGUCUCCCUCUCAGUAAUCAUGACUGACGACCGUACCCCUUCCCGCUCCCUGCCUUCACACUUCUUCCCACACAGAACUCACAAAACGUGUCUUUAUGGACCACCUUGCGGCCAUGCGCUCCCCGGAGUAUGCACAACUUGUCCGUGCUGAGAUGCAACGCGAGGAAGCACGCCGCGAUGCACUACAGGAGCGCGUCCGGACCCUAGAGGAGGCCAUCCGUCGCAUGCAUUCGGAGGGCAGCUCCCUCCUGACGAACUUUACCAAGCGCGUAAGUUGCAAUCGCCUGUCCUUGCUUCUCCUUGCACUUGCCUCCUCCGCGUCACGUCAGACACCCAAGGCCAGUAUAAUAAAGGGUAACGCAGUCUCAUAUUGAAUAGUGGUUGGAGAUAUAUAUGUAUAUACCCCUCCCCAGCACUGUGCAAUACCACCUCCAGUAGGAACUUGAGGUAGAAGGGCUUGACAGAUGAGGCCUUUUAAAGGAGCGAACGGUACGUUUGAAGUUGUACACCAAGCCAGUAGAUCAUAUUUACGCCAUAUGAUUGUUCGGCUGCAUAAAACCACUCCGAAUUCAACCCCGCGUAAUAUAAGUGACCGAUAGAAGACAGUACAAUCUCGUAAAGAAAAUGCUGCACGCUCAUUUUCAGUAUGGAGUCAGGUAACCGAUCCGGAAACGGGAUGACUAAUGAGCCUUUGGUAAGGCUGUCAGGGUCCCAUCCGUAAUAGAGGUUUUCUUGCGCCAAAGUGUUGGGGAGGUGUAUACAUUCAUAUCCGAUCGGAAUAAUUGCACGUAUUCAUUUAUUAUUCGCCGUUUUUUCGUGGGAAUUGGUGCCGCCGUUCCUGCCAGGGUGAUCUUCACCUUUGCCAACUUACAAAGGUUCACAUUGUAGCCCACCAGCACGUUUUUUGCCCAUACUAUGUCAAUUUAUUUAAGUUUCAUCGGUGAGACUGACUUAUGUGGACGUCUAAGCAGGACAUGGAAAUAGGAACGCUCCGCCCAAGUAAUGAAGUUGAGCCUGCACAUAAUUUUAAAAAAGGAAAAAAUAUUCCCGUGUCCUAACCCCAACAUUAAACCUAAUAUAAAACUAAACCUUUGCCCUACUCUUGACCCUAACCCUACCCUAAACCUUAACUCUGCCGUUAACACUAGCCCCUAGACUUGAUCCUGGCUUACGUUAACACGAACCUUAAAUCUAACCCUAAACCUUACCUUAACCUAACCCUAAUUUAACUGGAAGUUGGCUCAAAGCGACCCGUGUUGCAGGCAGUUCAUGUUCUUAUGCCCUUUUUUAGACGUCGACAUAAGUCAGUCCUACCGCUUUAUCAGCCGACCUCCUUCAGAACUGUUGGCGUUUGCUCCUGUCUGCAAAUUCUGCAAAACUCUGCUAUGGAAACGGUCCAUCCACCGGGUCUAAGAAGGGGUGUUGCUGCCGCGGUAGCUACCAACGGCGUCGAUAAUGCCGGCGUCAACCAGCUGACGAUACGCCUUGCCAGUGUUUGUUUACUGGGUUCAUUAGUCAUUCUGACCUGUGGGGUUUGUCCGCUAGUUGGUUCAUGUGCGUUGUCUUUGCGUUAGCGCGCGUGUGUGGUGUGCUCUAGAAUGCGGACUGGAUCUCAAUUGCAGACAGCAGAUAGGAGCGGAGAGCCUACAUGCCAGCGCGUGUCCACGCCAUAGCAUUAAUUUCAAUCGUCACGUGGAAUCGCUUACUUUUCCUGAUGCACCUCGUCUGUUUUCAUUUUCUCCCGUAUUUUCAUAGUUGGGAAUCCUAAUUACAACUCCCGCGGCAUUCUUCGCAGAGGCGCGUAAACUCAUUAAACAGCACCGCGCUCUAGAGGAGAAGAUCUCUGAACUUCACUCCGAGGUAAGCACUCCUAGAAGCCCCUUUUUAUUCACUUUUUUUCCUUUUGACCGCCAGUCUCUUCUCGUUUACAUUUUUCGAACCGGUGUAGUGACUAAGACACCCGUGCCUUCAAACUGGUAUGCUUAGUCCUUACUUCGGCUGUUCUUCACGCAGGGAAACACCCCGUGUCGCUCAUUCAUGCUGCCGAGAUUCGGUUAUCGUAAAUCGAUUACCAGUAUUCUGUCAUUUUACGAUGGAAUCAAGUGUUCCCUUUUGGCCCCGUUUUUUCCGAUGGUAGGAUCCACUGUUCCGCUGUCAGAGCUCCACCUUUGGACUCGAAGUCUUCGUCUCCACUCUUCAGGCGCGAGUUUCAUUCGUAUCCGACAGCCGGCUCUAGUGUGUGCGCGCACGUCAAAUAAUUUAGCCGCUAACGUGCUGUGAUUGAUCCUCGGGGAGGGGGGCGGAAGAACAUUACCUGGGGGCUCUGGGCUCCUCCCACCUCGACAGCUCAUUACGUGACUUUUCGCCGAGAGACUUUUGAGACAGACAAAUUCACACCUGCGUUGUUAAGCCUCCGCCCCGCUUACCCAUUUCGUCCCCCAGUAUUACUAGUUACCCCCGUCGAGUGAUUGUAUACCAAAGUACAUCUCAAGCAGGGUUUAGGGCGAUAACACAAUUUGCGAGUGCGGAACUUAAAGAAGGGUGUAGAGCUGACGCAUUUUUGUUCCUCCUAAGGAUCCUAUUUGACAUUACUAGUUGUUGACAUAUCAAAAAUCUCAGUUUAUUGUCCUAGUUCGAUCGUUGCACCAUCUGUUGUUGCCGGCAGGAUUUGAAUCUCACUUCUAGUUGCUCCGAGUUGUCUGCGGUUGUGAUCUCGCGAGUACAGGUUAGAACGACUUAUCAACUUACUGCUCGACCCCUGUCGACUAGCGGUUACAGUGUUUCGCUAACCUAUCAAGCCAGACUUUUGCCUGUUUCCUUACCUUUUUUUGCUCGAGAGCUUUUCAUCGCCCUCACUCCGUUCAUCCCCCUACAGGUGUCGCGGCUCUCCGCUUCAAACCAGGAAUUAGUUAGACGGCACCAGGAGGAAGCAGCUCGUUUGCAGGCCCUCCUAAGGCCCUUUACGCCGUCGCCCCCAGCCAGUAGUAAACCCUUCUCGGUUUCCGAGAGGCCACCUCUACUGCCACGCGCUGAACCACUCCGCCACCCUAAGUCAUCCUCAAGGCGUCACUCCUCGCGCCCGGCAGGCGCCUCCCUACAUCCACCGCUCUUGCGUCCGGAGACGGAGGUGACCUCACCCUUGAUUAAUGCGAUCGCAACAGCGACGACCUCGGUAGAACCUCUGGUGCUUCCAGUACCCCCACCACCGAAGCUGAUUCGCGUCUCUUACUCCCCGCCGCCGCUUAUAUCUACUCCGGUCGUCACAACCGCCGCCUCUGUUGUCUGUCAGCCGUCAGAGACUUCAUUCGAAACCCCACCACCACCCAGCCUGGUUCCGGUCACCACCGCUCAAGUCGGUGACAGUAGCAGCGGCGAUAACUGUGACGCUGGUAGUGCCUUGCCUCCUCCGCCAACUCUCCUUCCCUUAGCUGAUCGGAGGCCUGCUUUGGAAGGUGUUGGUGAUUGUUCCAGCUCGCCGCCGCCACCACCUGCCUCUCCCCUGCAGGAGACAACAGGAAGCGUUGCCAGGGGGACUGUGGCCCCGUUCACAACGCCCCAGCGGUUAUCCAUGCACGCCUCGGUGCAGGGUAUAAUUGAUGAGGAGUUGGCCUCCGCCGAUCCAGUGCAUUUGAUUCCUGGCUUGUCCCCUCCAGAGCCCAGCUGUGACUCCCGCCACUUAAGGCUAAUGCCCAGUUUGCAGAUCAGUGGAGAUGAGGCUGAUCCUCCGGUGAGUGUGCACGCAAACACUUAUGCCUUCCCAUGAACGACUAAGUCCAUGUGUUGACACUGGGGGCUCGGUGCCGCAGCCCCCAGUUUAUGUUCGCGACACAGUAGAUUCGCGUUUCCAGAAACUGGUGAUGUCGGGGCCUUGCGGUUAUUACUCCCUAUCCUGAGAAGGCAACGCGAGUGUGCGACUUCGAUUGUGUCCCCUUUUUCGGUAGUUUUAGAAGUACUUUAGGUAAUGGCCACUUGGGACAACAAUUGGCCGUCGUCCUUUCCGACAGUAACUUCACUUUGCCUCUGAAGCCGUUACUUGCCACCUCUCUUCCCAAUAACUCCCACUUGUGGACCCAGAAUCUGAUGUCUUACUGAAGGCGUCUCAGUACAACGUAUUGUAGUCUACUGCAUGAAAUUUGGCGUUGCCUGUCUCCAGCGCCUAGAAGCUGUGCAAACUGUCCACGCUGUUCGUCUCCUGUUAAACUUUUAUAACCUUGUCGGCAAGUUUUCUGAAGGGCAUAUAAGGUCCGAUCUGGGCCAUUUUUAAGGAUAGUCUGUUGUUGUUUAUCAUUUUCGAGAGCCAUUGGGGUGAAAGGUCGGCGGUAUGUCACUUGGAAGCGGCAUACCUAGCUCCUACGCCACGUCUUUCUCCCACGCCGGGACUCAUCCGGGCACUCGUCAGUAGAGAAGUCGAUUGCGUAACCUUUGUUGUGCCGCGGGGUCAUUAUCAUGCGGUUCAAACCGUCUUGGCACUGUCAACCUAGUCGCCCCGCCAGCCGUACUGUUCCAUUAUAGACACGUUUUCGGCGUCUUUUGAUCUUUCUACUGGGCCGCUCAUAGCUCCCAAACCCUACAUCGUUUGCGUCUGCACCUGAUCCCCUUACAUGCCUUUUUCGACUGGGCGCUUAUGUCGGUCCACAACCUCUUUGAUGUCGACACGCUGGCCUCGUUACUGUUCCUCUACCUCAAAGGGAAGGGGGAGCGUCUGGAUUGUCCGUGUUCCUUGCUAGCACUGCAGGGAAGGUUUAGUAUGCCCUUGCGCACACUAUCUGCAACAUCAUAGCUGUUAUCAUGAUGCUUCACUGUUCCCCAUCUUCGGUUUUUUACAUCAGCUCCUCACCCUUUCUUCCUUUAUCAGCUCCACUCCACUGAACCGGUGUCGUGUGCCAUUCCACCCCGCAAACGUCACCGAGCUGGCCUUGGUGGUAGUGGCGAUACGGCUACACAUCGCUUCCCGCCGAUUCCCUGUGUUUCCUCAGUUGAGCAGCAGUUGCGGGUGCCCCAUCCCGUCGUCUGA